AUGAAGCUAGUGGAGAAUGCCGACGAGGAAGAGAGAAGGACGUUUAGGGAGUGUUAUAAGAAGGCUAAGAAAGAGGCAAAGUUAGCGGUCACGGCGGCUAAGACCGCAGCAUUUGAAUGCCUGUAUGUGGAACUUGGGGGCAGAGGCAGUGACAAGAGAAUGUUCAGAAAAGACCGGAUUAGGAAUGAAGUUAUUAAGGACAAGGUGAGUGUGGCCCAUGUGGAAGAUAAGUUGCGAGAAUCGAGGCUGAGAUUGUUCGAGUAUGUGAAGAGGAGAAACAUCAAUGGCCCGGUGAGGAGAUGCGAGAGGUUCACCAUUGCGGGUCAGAGAAGAGGUAGAGUGAUGCCUAGGAAGUAUUGGGGAGAGGUGAUUAGGCAGGACAUGACACUACUUCAGCUGACCGAACACAUGACCCUCUAUAGGGAGGUGUGA